AUGUCGGAACGGCCUCAAGGCAACCUCCUUCCGCUCAUUCGCGCGGGCCUUGUCGUCUCCAUCUGGCACGACGUCGUCCUCUUCUCCCCCUCUCCCGCCGCCGCCAGCCCCCGCUCGUCCCGCAGCAAGCUCCCCCCGCUGCUCAACUUCAUUUGCACGUCCGGUAAAUCCUCCUCGUUCGCCGCGUCGCUCUCCGGUCGUCGUCGCCGCCUGUCGCUCGACGGCAGCGUGCGCGUCGACGACGCGGAGCAGCGCCCGUGGAACGUCGGCAUUAUCCCGCAGACCUGCGUCCUCGCUCCAGUUCCCUCCGAACCGACCCCAACCGCACUCCCCCCCAGCGAACCCGUCGCUACCAUCAGGCGCGAUUUUUUCCGCUCGCUUUCCGUGUCCUGCGUCCCCUUCCGCGACCCUCUGGGCGACGCCUCUAGCGACACCUCUGGCGACCCUUUCGCCGAGCCCGACGCCGCGUUUCCCGUGAUUCUGGACAACGCGCCGUUGGAGGCGGUGGAGGUGGGCGCAAGGGAGCGCGACCCCGGCGACGUGUUCCCCGUGCUGCCGCUCCUCGCGCUGCCCGUGCGCCUACGGCCGGGCUUGAAGUCGGAAGUUUCGUGGAAGCUGGUCGUGGUAGCGGCGGACGAUACGCUAGUCGAGGCGGGGGACACGGCGGCCGUCGCGGCGACAGCACUGCCGCAAGUGAAGGCGUGGGCCGACGCGGGAGGGUUCACUACAGUGGGGCCGAACGCAUUGCGGAUUCUCGAAUCCCCGCAGCGCAGCGACGCGGACGACUGGGAGAAAUCUGCGCGGAAGGCGCUGCGCGUGGUGCGCGAGGCGCACGACGUGUGGAGGCUGCUCGUCGCGACGCUGCGCCGGCCCUCGCUGCAGCGCGGGCACCGCGUGAACGAGCGCGCGGUGGAGGGAUGGAAGGAGCACGACACGGUGGACGCGCCGGGCAGGAAGACCGGCAGCAGCAGCAGCAGCAGCAGCCGAAACCACGACAACAACAGCCUCCUUCAGCUGGUUGCGCAACCCGCCGGCAACAGCGGGUUUUUCGGCGGCGAGACGAACGACGGGAGCUGCAGGAGCGGCGGCGGGAGCAUCUCCGGGGCUGAGCACGCGCCAGGAGGAAAGGCGGGGAGUCAGCUGGGCGUGCUGUCCGCCGCCGCCAAGGCAGCGGCGAAGGCCGUCGGGGCGGCUCGUGGGCUUGCGCGACACAAGGAGGCGCGGGCGCGCGGAAGGGGCGACGACGACGUGUCGCAACGUGAUCCGGUCGAGGGUGGUGUGAGAGACGACUGCUCCGAUUCCACGGAGGACGAUUCCUCCCAAGAUGAGUUUGCCGCCCAAGAUGAGUUUGCCGCCCAAGAUGAGUUUGCCGCCCAAGAUGAGUUUGCCGCCCAAGAUGAGUUUGCCGCUCAAAAUGAGUUUGCCGCCCAAAAUGAGUUUGCCGCCCAAGGCAAUGAUUCCGCCCAAGAUGAAUACGCAGGGCAAGUUGAGUAUGCAGGGCAAGAUGAUUACUAUGUUACACUCGCGGGAAGCGACGAAGACGAGGUGGAGGAGGAAGAGGAGGAGAAGGAGGGGGACGGGGAACCCGAAGGGGCGAGGCAGAUCGAGCGAGCAGGGAGUGAGGGCAGCGGCGAUAGCAGCAGCAGCGGCAGGUACAUGCCCGUGCUGCUGUGUGACAGUUCGCCCGUGAGAGCAGCAGCUUCGCCACGGGCCUCGCCAGUGAUGCGCGCUUCUCCACGUGCGCUUGUGCGGGGUGCCACGUGGAGCGCGGGCACGGGCAGCAGCGCUACUGGCGGCGGGGGUGGUGGUGGGAGAAACAGUUGGGCGGGUGUGCAAACCAGUCGAGGCUUAUCGAGGUUUCACAGCGAACGCGACGGUUACAGAUUAGGGCAGACCAACAAGGUUGCUGUUAGCCACUCCGUUUCGCCGCCUUGUGGCGUUCGUCACUCGCGGUCCUUGGGGGAGAAUGACGUCCACGUUACAAGGCGAAGUUUCACAACUGGUAGUAGGGGUGCUUUGGCCCGUGGCGACGGGGGAGACAGAAUGGCUGGCGAACUGGCUGACGCUGACGCGACUUCCAGUUACUCUAGCGAAAUUGGCGAAGGGGAAGACGGUAACAAUCUUGUAAGAAGCAAAUCGGAACCUCAUCACGCGUGGAACACUGGCCGGCUUGAAAUCAGUUCGCCCCUCAGCAGAAAAAGCAGCACCGCCACCACACCCAACUCCACCACACCCACCUCCACACCCAACAAAGCCAUCCGGCCUGGUUGGAUUGGCCUGGACUCCAUCUUUCACAGCGGGGCCCUGGUGGUGCGGCGCAGCAGGUUGGGCCUGGAGGGAGGUGAUGUGGAGCAGCACAUCACCGCGAGAGCCCGCAGCUGGGGCUCACAGGGCAGAGCGGCUGGCAGUGGAGGCAGUGGGGAUGGCGGCUCUCCACCGUCUCCCGACAGCGACUCUGCUGCUCUGGUGGGGUGCUAUGGGGUGCUGAUGGGGCAUCGCGCGGACAGGUUGAGAGAGAGAGGAAGGGAGCGGUGUGAUGAGGACGACAGGGAGCGCGAGGAGGCAGGGCAUGGGAGCAGGUGGUCCUUCACGCCGUCGCUGGUUCGGUCACGCACCGACCCUGACAGCUUCGGAGCAGGCCAGAGGAGGUACAGCGUGGACUCAGGAAGCAAAGGAUAUGGGCGUGCGUCAAGCAGCGGGGGGUAUGAGCGACCGCGCAGGGUGUUCUCCCCUGGUAGGCGCUCUCACAGUUCCGCGGGGCCAGCCUCGCCUCACCAACAUGCCCCUGUGCUCACACGCAAGUGGAGCGCCGCCCACCGCAUCUCCCUCAAGCACCUGUGGAGCCACAGCGGGCGGGAUGCGCUGUCCUCACCCAGUGCGGCCGAGGCCAGGAGGAGCAGCUCCCAGGGCAGUCAGAGCUGUCGCAGUGCGCAUGCUGGGGUUGAGCCGGACGCAGGGCAGGGGGGUGUGGCAGGCGAAAUGGAAUGGCAGCACCACGACCAUGCCAUGCACCCUCCUGCUUCCCUCACUCCCCACGCUUCCCAUGCCUCAUCCAUUUCCCUUGCUUCCCACGCUGCACCCAUUUCCCAUGCUUCUCACGCUGCACCCAUGUCCCAUGCUUCCCAUGCUGCACCCAUUUCCCAUGCUUCUCACGCUGCACCCAUUUCCCAUGCUGCACCCAUUUCCCAUGCUUCCCAUGCUUCACCCAUUUCCCAUGCUUCCCAUGCUGCACCCAUUUCCCAUGCUUCACCAAUUUCCCAUGCUUCCCAUGCUGCAACCGUUUCUCAUGCUUCACCCAUUUCCCAUGCUUCCCAUGCUUCCCAUGCUUCCCAUGCUGCAACCGUUUCUCAUGCGUCCGAUGUGUCCCAUGCUCCCCACGCUUCCCACGCUUCCCACUCUCCCCGCCCUUCCCAUCCUUCCCACGCCCCCCACUCUCCCCACGCUUCUCACUCUCUCCACACCUCCCACUCUCCCCACACUGCCCACGCUUCCCGCACCAUUUUUCAUCUCGUGUUUCCGUCUCCUGCUGCUGCCAUAUCUCUCGAUCUGUCGCGAAUCGCACCGAAUUGUUUCCAGUGUCCGCGGCUAUCCAUCAUGGCGGCCCUCGCUGCGGUCAGCUUCGCGUCCUUCGCGGGCCUUCGCGCCCUCCCCGCCUCCCAGAGCGACACGCACGGCGCUUCUUCCGCCCUUAGCGUCCCGUCCUCGCAGCGAUCCGGCAGCGGCACGUGCGUUGUGCGGGCGGACGCGCGGCGGCGGUUGGGGCGGCGCGCGGGGGAUGAGGAUGAAGGGACGGGGAUCGGCGCGCUGGUGCCCGUGAGUCCCGAGGACGACGCCGUUCAGACCAGCGCCUCGGGCAGACGCGCCACCGGCUACUAUUCAUACCAGGGGCAGCGCGCGGCGGCGGAGCAGGCGGCGUUCGUGCGCGACAUGGAGGCGGCGGCGGCGGCGGCGGCAGCGCAGCAGACGGAGCGGCAGGUGCUGAUGGACUCUGACGUGGCGGCCACGCAGCAGUCCACGUACCAGCGCAAGACCAAGAUCGUCUGCACCAUCGGCCCCACCAGCAACACGCGCGAGAUGCUGUGGAAGCUGGCGGAGACGGGCAUGAACGUGGUGCGGCUGAACAUGAGCCACGGCGACCACCAGUCGCACCGCCGCGUGGUGGACCUCGUGCGCGAGUACAACAAGGGGCAGGCCAGCCAGGGCGCGGGCAACGUGCUCGCCAUCAUGCUCGACACCAAGGGCCCCGAGGUGCGGAGUGGCGACCUGCCGCAGCCCAUAGAGCUGGAGCGCGGGGAGAGCUUCACGUUCACCAUCCGGCGCGGCGUGGGGUCGCAGCGCACCGUCAGCGUCAACUACGACGGCUUCAUCGAUGACGUGGACGUCGAUGACAUCAUCCUCGUCGAUGGCGGCAUGAUGUCGUUCCAGGUGAAGAGCAAGACGGCGGAGGACGUGGUGUGCGAGGUGGUGGACGGCGGCGAGCUCAAGUCGCGCCGUCACCUCAACGUGCGCGGCAAGUCCGCCACACUGCCCUCCAUCACAGACAAGGACUGGGAGGACAUUCGGUUUGGCGUGGAGAACAAGGUGGAUUACUACGCCCUCUCCUUCGUCAAGGACGCCCAGGUCGUGCUGCAGCUCAAGGAGUACCUCAAAGGCCAGGGCGCGGACAUCGGGGUGAUCGCCAAGAUCGAGAGUGCGGACUCCGUGCCCAACCUGCACGCCAUUCUCGAGGCAUCCGAUGGGGCCAUGGUGGCGCGAGGUGACCUGGGAGCGGAGCUGCCAGUCGAGGAGGUGCCGCUGCUGCAGGGGGAGAUCAUCCGGGUGUGUCGUGCGCUGGGCAAGCCUGUGAUAGUGGCCACCAACAUGCUCGAGUCCAUGAUCAACCACCCCACGCCCACCCGCGCCGAGGUGUCGGACAUAGCGAUCGCAGUGAGGGAGGGCACGGACGCCAUCAUGCUGUCAGGGGAGACGGCCCACGGCAAGUUCCCCCUGAAGGCGGUGAGGGUGAUGCACACAGUGGCGGUGCGCACAGAGGCCACCAUGUCCGUCCCCAACACCCCCGCCAACCUCGGCCGCGCAUUCAAGCGCCACACGAGUGAGAUGUUUGCGUUCCACGCCACCAUGAUGGCCAACACGCUGGGCGCGUCCGUGCUGGUGUUCACGCGCUCGGGCUUCAUGGCCAUGCUGCUCUCGCACUACCGCCCCGCCCACAUCACCUACGCCUUCACCAAUGACAAGCGCGUGCAGCAGCACUUGGCGCUGUACCAUGGGGUGAGGGCGCUCUACAUGCCAUUCUCCGCCGACGCUGAGGACACCUUCAACGAGGCCCUGCGCAUCCUCCUCAAGCGCGGCAUGGUGCAGCCGGGGGAGGACGUGGCGUUGGUGCAGAGCGGGCGGCAGCCCAUCUGGCGCUCCGAGUCCACCCACCACAUUCAAGUGCGCCGCGUCAUGCCACUCAACUGA